CCUCUGAUUUUUAGAAUUUCAUCCUUAGGGACUGGUGUGAUCACCCUGCAGAAAGCUGCUCUCUUCACGGACAGCCGGUAUUGGAUCCAGGCUGAGCGUCAGAUGGACUGCAAUUGGGAGCUGCAGAAAUCAGUGUGGCUCACCUCUAUUGGACAAUGGAUACUCAACGAAGUUCCUGCUGGGGAAGCCAUUGGAUUGGAUCCCUUCCUCUUUUCUAUCGACAAUUGGUACAGCUAUCACCAGAUCCUGGAAGGUGCAAAUAGGAACUUGAGUUUCCCUGAAGUUAACCUGGUGGACCUCGUGUGGGGCAGUGAGCGGCUUCCUCCACCUACCAACACAAUCUAUCAACUCGCCGAUGACUUCGUUGGAAGUACCUGGCAAGAGAAGGUUGCCCACGCUCGGUCGCAGAUGGAGCAACACAGCAAGAAACCCACAGCAAUCUUGCUCUCUGGCCUUGAGGAGACGGCAUGGCUCUUCAAUCUUCGAGGAGAUGACAUUCCUUACACCCCCGUCUUCUACGCUUACACGCUUCUCACCAAGACAGAUAUCAGUCUGUUUGUGAACCGGAGUCGGCUGAGCACCGAAGCACUCCAGAUGUUGACAGCAGGGUGCCCGGGGUCUCCGUGUGUGAAGGUGGAAGACUACGGCCAGAUAGGUGACAGCCUGAGAAAAUAUGCCCACCAAGACGGGGUGAUCAUCUGGAUCGGAACAGAAUACACAACUCUGGGCCUUUACAAGGAGAUCCCUCAAGAAAGCCUCUUAGAAGAAGACUACUCCCCUGUCAUGCUCUCCAAGGCUGUCAAAAACUCCAAGGAGCAGAAGAUGAUGGAAGCCGCUCACAUACGAGAUGCCGUGGCGCUGAUCCGGUAUUUGGUUUGGCUGGAAAAGAACGUGCCCAAGAACUCUGUGGAUGAGGUGUCUGGAGCACAUUACCUGGACGCGCUACGAAGGGAAGAGUCGUACUGCAAGGGGCCGAGCUUUGAGACCAUCUCAGCCAGUGGCUUGAAUGCAGCCUUGGCUCAUUACAGCCCAUCCAAUCUUACCGCUCGAAAGCUUUCUCUGAAUGAAAUGUACUUAUUGGAUUCUGGAGGACAAUAUUUUGACGGCACCACAGACAUCACUCGGACCAUCCACUGGGGGGAGCCCACAGCUUUUCAGAAGGAUGCCUACACGAGAGUGCUGAUGGGAAAUAUUGACUUGAGCAAGCUUGUUUUCCCAGCCAGAACGUCAGGAAGAAUGGUGGAAGCAUUCGCUCGCCGGCCCUUGUGGGAAGCGGGGUUGAACUAUGGCCAUGGCACGGGUCAUGGUAUCGGCAACUUCCUGUCUGUUCAUGAGUGGCCUGUGGGGUUCCAGACCAACAAUGUUCCUUUGGACAAGGGGAUGUUCACUUCCAUAGAGCCUGGUUAUUAUCAUGAUGGGGAAUUUGGAAUCCGUCUCGAGGAUGUUGCACUUGUGGUACAAGCUAAGACCAAGCAUCCAGUGCACGAAGAGCCCUACCUGACCUUCAAAGUGGUGUCCCUGGUGCCCUACGCACGGAACCUGAUCAACCAGAGUCUCCUCUCCCCGGAUCAGAUCCAGUACAUCAACAAGUACUACGAGACCAUCCGCACGGUCAUUGGGCCUGAGCUGCAGAGACGUAACCUGGAAGAGGAACACCGGUGGCUGGAGAAGAACACAGAGCCUUUCUCUCACGCCUCCUUGCUGGCAGCUUCUCUAGGCACCUUGGUAGCGAGCACACUGGCUUCUACCGUUCUGCCGGGAGCCCAGCAUUGAUCCGGGAGCAUCCCUACAACUUCCUUGCAACUCUCCACCCUGUGUGUUUCACCAUGUGUUCCACCUCAACCCGUAUCUCCCAGGCCUCCGUGUUAGGCCUCUAGACGUCACUAACCAUCAUUCUUCCCAUCUCCAUUGGCAGCGCACAGUGGUGGGUUUCAAAAAUUGUUCGAACCUACUCUGUGGGUGUGGCCUCCUUUGUGGGAGUGGCUUG